UAUUUCUCUACAUUUAGCUUCCAAACCAGAAUACUAGAAUACUAUUACUGCCUUGACAACUAUAUUUCUCAUUGAAUCUCCUUGAGACUUUCUUCCUUGAUAUGGAUCUAAAGGAUUUUUGCCUGAGUGAAAACAUCCACUUCCUCAGCCAGCACAACCAGUAAGAAUUCUUCAGAUUUAUGGGUUUUCUUGCCAUUCAUAUUUGGUAUAAAAGUAAUGAACAAUUAAUGUGAUCAUAGAUAUGUUGUAUUGGUCAUGCAUCUGAUUGGCAUCAAUUGUGUGCAGUUCAUUUGUGUUUAUUUUAAUUAAAGCAUUAGAUAAGCCUUAAUUCAUUUUCUAUUUUAAAAGUUAUUAUUAAUUGUCUGUAGAAUAAGUGCAGAAGUUGAUUUCCUCCAUGGGGAACAUGAAUAGAGGUGGUGGCCCUUUAGGUGGUCCUCCCAUUAGGCAGACUAUAUUGUGGUCUGCAUGCCACACUGUUAUUGUAGCAGCUCUUAGGAUAAAUAAUUAGGCAUGAUUUAGACUAUAUUUUUGUCAUGAUCAUUUCAAUUGUGCCUUCAGCCUGUUGGACUCCUCAAACACCGACGACGCUCCUUCACCAGAUUAUACAUGUAUCAAGACGGAUCCCCCCAGCCCUACCUUCGCCGUGGACAGCACCACACCAUUCAGUCCCAGCUCGGAUAGCAGUGGAUACAGUUUAUUCUCACAGGGUCACUCGAUGGACCCGGAAUCCCCGAGUUCGAGCAGCAGCGGCAGCGUUGUCGGCGCAGCACCGGACUCUAGCGGCGCAUCUCAGUUUUGCUCGGAGAGCAGUUUGGCGCUCUCGGCGCACGUUGACUCCAUCCUCAAAUGUGACUACCUAUCGUCGCUGGGCUCUGGACCUAAAAGGCUGUGCCUAGUUUGUGGCGAUUUUGCAUCAGGAUAUCACUACGGAGUAGCGUCGUGUGAGGCAUGCAAGGCUUUCUUCAAGAGAACAAUUCAAGGUAAACAAAAGUGUAUACGUUUUUGCAAACACCUGAUAUAACAUCAAAUCAAGCCGUCUGUGAUGGUGUGUGUUGCCUGCACUGUGUGCGAGCGUGCACGCGUGAUACAUUUAGGACAUGACAAAGUUCUGGGCUAGAUCUUAAUUAAUAAAAUAAUCAAUAAUAUAUUAGAGGGGGAAGAGCAAAUGAGGCUGAUUGCAGCAUACACAUAUUUCCAAUAGCUUUGUCAGCCGCAGACUCAGCUAUGGGAUUGAUUUUCGUGUGAAGACUCAAUGUGCUUCAUAUUGGUUGAUGGCCCCAGAAAUUAUUUAUUGUCCCCCAUGAUGAAAUCUGUGGAUCUGUCUUCGUACGUUCGUACGUUCCUUUGAGGCGAUUUUGACGAAACUUUGGUGAAUCAUGCGUCUUGCAAUAGAGAUCCGGCAUUUACAAAAUUACACUGAUUGGCCGUGAGGGCUAUAGCCUAGUAAUUAAAAUAACUGACGUAUGAUAUUGAUCCAGUGACGCCUGAUGCAUUAAGGACUGAUUUUCAACAAUAUUUUAAUAUGUGCCUAAUUUCAAGUAUGCUUGAAGUUGAAUGAAAAUAACUAUAUCUACUUAUUUUAUUCUCAUUUAUCAAAAGUGACUUUUCAUAAUGCAUUCUUUUAGCAACAGUGCCCAUCUCCAAGUAUGAAAAUGCAGCUAAAUGUGGUAUUGCGCCUGUAACACCACACAACACAUUUACAUUUCUUGUGAAUGGCACUCUGAAGAGGUGCCAAUCUCCUGUUAAAAGUUCGGAGCUGUGAUUUGGAUGCCCUAAUCUCAGAGCCUCUUGUCCAGGGUCCAGGGGACAGGGGAGGGGCAAGCUCAUUGAUCGACGGGCCCUUGGCCCCUAGAUCACCCCCAGAUCCAGACCCGCUUGUCUGGGUAUAGAUGGGUGGGAGAAAUUAGUCAAUACUCUAUUAAAUUGCUUUUUGUCUUGUGUGAGUACAAACUUUGUAACACUUGUGGUGGGAGUUAGGCUCAGUGUGGAAAAGCCAAUCAAUAUCUGUAUUUUGUCUGGGCUUCUAUUGAUUGCUGUGUGAAAGCUCAGGGUGCCAGCGAACACAGAGGCAAUUGACUUAUGUCAUGGUGCCACAGACAGUGAAACUCAGUAAACCACCAGAUGGCAAGGGUUAGCCAUGGUGGCACACCCCCUAAACAUACACUUUGAUUUACAACAUGCCAAUUUGACCUUUAGGCUGACUGAAAAGAUAAGCAUAAAAAAUGCACUGUGAGAAAGAUACUGUAUCACCAUUUGGAUUACAUUAUUGAGACAUUGGCUUUGCUGACUGGUAACCACAAGUAUAGAGGGCGGGGUGUAAACAGAGCUGUACUUUCUGUGUUUCCAGGUAACAUUGAGUACAGCUGCCCUGUGAUGAAUGAUUGUGAGAUCACCAAGCGUCGUAGGAAGUCUUGCCAAGCGUGCCGCUUCCAGAAGUGCCUGCGUGCCGGCAUGAUGAAGGAAGGUGAGACUUGAUGACCAACUCAUCAACUCAUCUCAAUGGAAUCACUGGGCUCAAUAAACUGAAAUGCUUAAGCGUACAGGCCCACAGAACACAUACAGCCUGACUUAGAGUUGUAUUUAUUAAGGAUCCCCUUGGCAGCAGCUACUCUUCCUGGGGUCCAGCAACAUUAAGGCAGUUAUAUACAAUUUAAAAAUAUUACAUGACAUUACAUUUCAUAACACCUUUCACAACACAUUAAGUGCUACUACUCUACUACCACAUAUCUACAACACAAAAUCCAUGUGUACAUGUGUAGAGAGCGUGUCUUAUCAUGUGUAUGUGUAAGCGUGUGUCUGUGCCUGUGUGUGUGUCUCUUCACAGUCCCCGCUGUUCCAUAAGGUGUAUUUUUAUCUGUUUUUUAAAUCUGAUUUUACUGCUUGCAUCAGUUACCUGAUGUGGAAUAGAGUUCCAUGUAGCCAUGGCUCUAUGUAGUACUGUACACCUCCCAUAAUCUGUUAUUGACUUGGGGAUUGAGGAUCAGUCAAUGAGGAAACAUGAUGAUCACUGAUUAUCAUGUUUGUGUCACUACAGGUGUUCGCAUGGACCGAGUCAGAGGAGGACGUCAGAAAUACAAGAGAAGGGGGGACUCUGGCCUAUCUCUAUAUAUGAAGGCCCCAUACACACACCCCUUCAAGUCCAACGGUGAGUACCCUCUGUCAUGCAGCACUCACACACUCCAAUAAGAGCCUUGUCAGUUACAAAUGGGGAGUACACUAGAGUAUAUUACUAAUAUAUCUGUUUGACCUCUUUCAGGAAACAAAGUGAUCUCCCAGCUCCUCUUGACAGAGCCAGCCCCCCUGUGUGCCACGCCUGACAACUCAACCAAUGAUGACAACCUUAAAGCUCUGCUGACACUGUGUGACCUCCUAAACAGGGAACUCCUGGUCAUGAUUGGCUGGGCAAAGCAUAUCCCAGGUACCCACUCCUGUUGCUCUUGUAUGUCAUGUUAAAUAAGCAUGACUCCCUGCUUAAAUAAAGGUUAAAUAAAAAUACUAUGCCAUGCCAUUUUACACUGGCACAAAUGGACAAAGUUUUAUUUUUAUAUUGUGAGAACUUAUGGAGUAUUACGUUUCCAUACUUGCCCUUCCAGGCUUCUCUGCCCUUUCAUUGGUGGACCAGAUGGCCCUGCUGCAGAGUGGUUGGAUGGAGACGCUGGUGCUGUCAGUGGUGUCUCAGUCUCUGGGCUAUGGGGAGGAGCUAGUGUUUGCUGGGAACCUGCGUCUGGACCAGGCCCAGUGCAAAGCGGCCGGCCUCUAUGACCUCUACACUGCCCUGAGACAGCUGACCACCAAGUACCAGCAGAUGAACCUGAGCCAAGAGGAGGUGGUCACUCUCAAGGCUAUGGCCCUCGCCAACUCAGGUACUAAAUACAUGGCAUGCACUGGAUAUCUGUUAUCAGUAGUUCGGUGAUGUCAGCUGUGACAAAGCAAACUCAAGAGACCUAGCUGUACCUUUGUACAAACCCUAUUAGAAAGCAUUAUAAGAAUUGCAGAACUACCAAAAAUAUGUACUACUAUCUAACCUGCCUGGCUACUGCUUACAAUAAUUAAUUGUGUUAAAUUGAGCUUUACAAUACACUGACUUGGCACAAAAUCUACUGCACCGUUCUCAGGCAGCCCUACAUACAGCCACUCCUUCAGGACUGUGGAGAGAGUUAGGGCUCUAUUCAACCCGUAUCGUGGAAGUUCAGCGUUACAGCAUGAUUGAAAUGUAAAGGCAAUGUUCCCGCAUUAGCAGACUGUAUUCACGUAAACGCUGCAUAUGUCGGCUCAAUCAAAAAUGACCUUUACAUUUUAUCGUGCAAUCUGUAACGCUUCAGCGAUACAAAUUGAAUAGAGCCCCUAAGUGUGAUCCACAGUGCCUCAGGGUGUGUCCUUGAACACACUUUUUCUCCAGGGUCAGGUCCCCUAGCAAGGCAAGGCUGUUAAAUGAUGGUCAAUGACUUGAAAAGCUACUAGCUGUCAGGGAAUGAAUGCGUGGCUAGAGCCCCCAUAUUGGCAAACGUUCCUCACACGUCUCGUAUUUUAGUAAUUACAUUCUCAAAGCAUUACCUGAGUCAGUAUCAGCCCUCCACUUAAAUUACAAUUUUAAACUACCAUUAAUAAUUUGAUAUAAUGACUAACAUGUUGUAUUUUGUUUGUUAUUGGAGUCAUAAAUAAAGGGGUCAUUCUGUGAACGGUAGCACCCAUGUUAUACCACAUACUUGUGUGCAAAACAAAAAAAUCUACGCAUUUUAGUUGAUGAAUCAUUAUUCAAUCACCUCUGUACAACUGUCACUCUUCAGACCACCAUGACAGAGAGGCGAGGUCUAGACCUCUGCCAAAUCUGUUUCUCCAACACUCACUUCUCUUACCACCCCCCCCCCCCCCCCACCCCCUCCCUCCCUCACGGCUCCCGCUGUUGUCCCCAGACCACAGCAAGUGGAAACUGAUCAAUAUCCUAGCAGUGAGAAGGCAGCUUCUGCCCUCAGCCCUGAUCAAUAAAUCCAUCUGCCUCCCAGCACCCUGCAAAUUAUCACAGGAAUUCAGAAAUCCAUUAGGCGAGUCUGGCUGCGUUAGCCUGACACUCCGGGGCAGUCACACCGCCUGAGGUGGCUAGAAGGAUCAGAGGAGGGAGCCCUUGUUUUUACAUUUACAGUCCUUUCAGGAAAAAUGAAGGUCGGCUGCAUGCAACUUAACGUUGGCCCGUCCAUUAGCCCUCAAUGGAGAAACAAAUGAGGUGGACAAUGGAAUCUGACACGCUGUCGUGCCGAAACAAGGGGAGGUUUAACACCCGAUUCCACCCACACCCAAACACCCACAGGCCUCCCUUGACCUUGUCUCUCCCCGCACAGAUGCAGAGAACCUGGAGAGUGCAGAAGCAGUGCAGCAGUUCCAGGACGGACUCCAUGAGGCCCUGCAGGAGUAUGAGAGCUCCCAGCAUCCAGCGGAGCUCCACCGGGCAGGCAAGCUGCUCAUGACCCUUCCCCUGCUCCGGCAGACUGCCAACCGCGCCGUGGACACCUUCUGCCGGCUCCACCUGGAGGGCCGCGUGCCCAUGCACAAACUCUUCCUGGAGAUGCUGGAUGCUAAAAUAUGA